AGAGACUCGCCUCCAUCCGUCCCUCCCGCCCCUUUUCUCUCUCUCUCUAAACCAGGAGGAGGAGGAGGAUGGACGAGACGGGUUUUGUGUAUGAAACUCUAGGGGCGCUCGUACCCUCUUCUCCCCUCUCAGGAAGCGAUGGCACCGCCACCGCGGCUGCCACGUUCGACUGCGGCGAGCCCGACGGCUUCUCUUUCUCGUAUAACGUCCUGAGGAACGAGAUAGGAGGAGGAGAGGAUAGCGACAGAAUCCCCACUACCUUGGCCACGGAGGACGACGCCGUUGACUACUUUCCUCUGCAACUGGACCCCCUCGAGACGCCUCCUCGGUUAAUUGUCCCCGUAGAGGAGGUAGAAGAUGGAGAAGAAGACGAGAAAAGAAGAGGAGGAGAGGAGGAGAAAGCGGAGAGGUCAGGGUUAGGGCUGGACUUCAGUUUCGAGAGUGGCGCUUAUCGGCGAAUCAAGAGCCCCAUGCUUCAGCUUCAUAAAGAGAUAGUUGAUUUCUGUGACUUUGUUGCUCCAACACAAGAAGAGCAAGCAUCUCGGGCAGCUGCAGUCAACCGUAUUUUUGAAGUUAUCAAAUAUAUAUGGCCACAUUGUGAGAUGGAAGUGUUCGGUUCAUUCAAAACUGGCCUUUAUUUACCUACCAGUGAUAUUGACGUUGUGAUUUUGAAUUCGAAUAUUCAAAAUCCACAAAUUGGAUUACGAGCACUUUCUAGAGCACUGUCACAAAAGAAUUUGGCAAAAAACAUACAGGUCAUUGGGAAAGCGCGUGUCCCCAUCAUCAAGUUUGUGGAGAAACAAAGUGCUGUUGCUUUUGAUAUAAGCUUUGAUACGCUUGGUGGUCCAGAAGCUGCAAAAUUUAUCAAGGAUGCAGUUGCAAAAUUGUGCCCAUUGCGGCCUUUAUCCAUGAUUCUAAAGUUGUUCUUACAACAGAGGGGACUUAAUGAGGUGUAUUCAGGGGGACUUGGUUCUUAUGCACUUCUCGUCAUGCUUAUAGCAUAUAUUCAGAUGCAAUGGAAGGGGCAGGGUUUCCAUGGUGGCCAGAGAAUUGUGGAACAUAACCUGGGAAUUCUUCUGGUCAAGUUUUUUGAAUUUUAUGGACGUAAGCUAAACACAAGUGAUGUUGGGAUUUCUUGCAACGCGGGAGGAGCCUUUUUCCUGAAAAGUAGCAAAGGUUUUAUGAAGUUUGAACGGCCGCAUCUUAUCUCCAUUGAGGAUCCACAGGAACCUACAAAUGAUAUCGGGAAGAAUUCCUACAACUUUUCCCAGGUCAGAUCAGCAUUUGCAGCGGCCUAUUCUACACUUACUGAUGCAAGGACCUUGGCAGCCUUGGGACCUAAAAGAAGUAUCUUGGGACUGAUCAUAAGGCCGGAUCCAACACUGUUAGAACGAAAGGCUGGGGUGAAUGGUGAACUCACAUUUGAUGCCUUGUUUCCUGGAGCAGGUGAUCCAGUGGAAAGGGAAAGAAAUGGACGUAAAAUGCUGUUUAAUUGGCAAUCAGACGGAAGUGAUGAUGCACUUCCUAGAAACAGAAAAGGAGACAAGUUGGAGCAAUCCCUACAGAAAUCCAUCAAAAAGAAGAAACUGCGGAAAAGAAAGGGAGAGGAUGGUGUUGUUGCAUCUUCCAAAUCCAAGCACAGACGAAGGAAGGGAGAGGAUUUUGCAAAGGAGAGUCCAAAAAAGAUAACGCAUUCUAAGGCAGAAAGAGAAGGGGGCAGUGUGAAGAAGAAGAGGAAAACGAAGCAGCUGGAGGGUUAUGAAAGUGGACCCAAGGAUCGGUCAAGGGACAGAUACAGAGGUGGAGCUCGGUCAUGGGCUCCUUACUAGAUUAUCUUUUACGGGUCUCACCUGGCUGCUAACAUUAUGUAAUUUCAGUAAGGGGUGGAAAUAUUGUGUCAAAGUAUUUGUUGGUUACUGUUAAAUCGCUCUGGAAAAAUCACUCUGGAAUGUCCUUGAGUGUGAUUGGUCCCAGACAGUCUUUGUCCUUUUUUCUUGGCAACGGCUUGUAGCAUAGUGGUGGAGCUUGGUCAUGGGCUCCUUACUAGAUUUUCUUUUGGGGGUCUCACCUGGAGACUAUAGGACUGCGUAGUUCCAGUAAGGGGUGGAAACUUUUCGUCUCAGAAUUGGUUGGUUACUGUUAAACCACUCUCGAAUAUUCGUGAGUGUGAUUGGUCCCAGCCAGUCUGUCCUUCUUGACAACGGCUUGUACUUGUAGCAUAAAUUAUUGAGCUCUUUACUGUAGCGGUUUACAAUUUCUUUAACUUGUAAACGAAAUUAAGUUAUGUGAAUUCAAUUCUAUUUUGAAUCAA